AUGGCUCGAGAUAAAUUGCGUGAACCUGUCCAUUUCCCACCCAGUUUGAGCUCUUAUUUAUCAGAUCCAGAUAAUAGUGCGUACAGACAAAGGAACUCUGAUUUAGUCCACAUUCCUCACUUGUUGCGCACUCUCAAGAAAACGGCAUUUUGCAAGGAUGACGCGUGCGCACCGGAGGAAAAUGAGAAAAAGCUAAGCGGCUUAUCAGAUGAAGAUCGAGCAAUGGCUUGGAAGCAGCUCAGAUCAUCCACUCUUUCCGCAAAGUGGAGAGCAAUGUGUACUGGUGCUUUGAUUCCACUGCUGACUGCUACUGUUAUCGGCGUACUAUAUAUAAUAACCUACGUCUGCUAUCAGACUAUAUACAACUGCCAAUUUCAUGACACGGAGACAAUUCCUGAGAAAGCACAAUGGAUCAGAACAUUGUCUGAUGUCACAGGUUGUGUUUUCCUGCACUUGUGGUUCUAUGGAGGCGUGCUCUUACUUUUUCGACCAUAUCAGGUAAUGGGGUUAAACGGGAAACUGUUCCUUGUAGCUUUUCUUCUGUUUUCUUUGGAUGCAACUUAUCGUGUGGCUCUUCAACUCCUUGGGAUAUCGCGUUCUAAACUUUCUGUGUUACUAAAGUUUCCGUUGAACGGUUUGUUCCUCCCCAGUAUAUGUUGGAAAAAUUAUCUCUCGACAAAUGCAUUUCGUACUCUAACAAAAAGGCGGCGGUAUUUAUUUUUUAAAAUGAUAUUGCCGAGCUGUUUCUCUCUCAUAAUCGGCAACUUCGUAGCAUCUUACAUUUACCCAAUGUACGGCAAGCAAGAUGGGAAAGGAAAGCUACUCAUAGCAAUCUUCUCGCCUCUCAUCGGAGUCGUUCUUAAGGUGAUCUCUCGACUAUGUGUCCAGAGGUUGUGGUGCAUAACUCAUCCAGGAUAUUCGUUCGUCUUGCUAUCGCCGUUGUAUUUUGGAACAGCGGUUAUGUUUCGAGUGUUGCAAGCAGACCUUGAUAACAUCAAGUCUAUUGCUAUUCUUGGGAUAGUCCAUGGUGCUGCAGAAGUCAUAGAGAGAAGCACUAUGGUUUUCAUCGAUCACAUUUUCCAUGUAAUUUUACAAAGAAAAUCAGCCCCUUGGGGAAGUUUUCGCACUCCUCGGCGGGAAAGACUUAUGGCUGAUAUCGCAAUUUUAAGCAUGCUUUAUGAAUCGACUGCUAUUGUGUCUGUUAACGGCGUCCUGUAUUUGUAUCAGUUCAUCUACUUACAAAAUAUUUCACUUUUAAAGCUGAUGCAGGAAUUUGCAAUUCAUACCUCAGUUGCGCUGGUUAUUGAAUGGUUUAUGACCAGCGUAUCCUUAGCCAUCGAAACUCAUUAUCAGAAUAUAGCAGUUAUGGCCGUUUGGAGAAAGAAAUGGAAAAGACACGUUUUGGUUGCAAUGGCAAAUCUGGUUCCAUUGGCUCUCUGGAUGACACCGCACCUCCUAGAUAUUGUACAUGGGCGCUUCGAUGAGUCUAAAGAUCGCCCGUGCAAAAUGCCCUUCACUUAA